GUGCAACUACAUAAAAAUGAGUGCCUGAUAACAAGAUAACAAGCGGUUAAUAAGUUAUGCGUAACAAGCGGUUAAUAAGUUCUAUGCUACCAAAAUAUUGGACGGAAAACCUUUAAGAGCUGAAUAAACCCUGCCCGAAGACAGUGAAAGGUGCAACCGAAAGCGAAAUCUAUAUGAAAUGGAUUCUGAGUUUAUGGCCGUUCCAAUAACAUCGAGAGAAAAUCUCUCAGUCGAGAAUCCGCCGAUAAAAUGCCGUAUGGAAAUAUUCAUUAUGAGGAUCCAGCAAUCCUUUUGCCAUGCCUUGGAGGCUUUUGAACCUACUGCUAAAUUUUUGGUAGACCGAUGGGAAAGACCGGAAGGCGGUGGAGGAAUAUCGUGUGUUUUGCAAGACGGAUUGGUGUUUGAGAAAGCAGGAGUAAACAUAUCGGUGGUUCACGGCGUUUUGCCAAAGGAAGCGGUAGCGCAAAUGCGUUCGAGGGGAAAGCUCCUGACAUCCGAUCAGCUCAGCUUCUUUGCUACAGGAAUCAGUUCAGUUGUUCAUCCGAAGAAUCCACACGUGCCAACCAUUCAUUUUAAUUAUCGCUAUUUUGAAGUAAUUGACCCUAGCGGCUCAGUCCAGGCAUGGUUUGGCGGCGGAACCGACUUGACGCCGUAUUAUCUGGAUGAAGAGGAUUGCCGGCAUUUCCAUUUGCAGCUGAAACAAGCGUGCAAUCCGUUCGGUGCCGAUAAAUACAAUAAAUUCAAAGAGUGGUGUGACAAUUAUUUUGUCAUAUCGCAUCGAGGUGAGCGUCGCGGUGUCGGUGGCAUAUUCUUUGACGAUCUAGAAGAGCCGACCUUGGAAAAUUCCUUCAAAUUUAUUCAGAGCUGUGCAAACGCCGUUAUACCUUCUUACGUACCAAUAGUCACAAAAAACAAGGAUAAGCCAUACGAUACACCAGAGCGAAACUGGCAGUUACUGCGACGAGGACGAUAUGUGGAAUUUAACUUGUUGUAUGAUCGAGGCACGAAGUUUGGACUAUUUACUCCUGGCGCACGAUACGAAAGCAUUUUAAUGUCACUGCCGCUCUUAGCCAAAUGGGAAUACUGCCAUUCACCGUCGCCUGGAUCCAGAGAAAAUGAUUUACUUCAAGUUCUGAAGAAUCCCAGAAAUUGGUUGUUGGAUGAAGAAUGCAAAUAAGAUUCAUUUUUUCACCCUAAUUGUUUCUUAGGAUAAUUCUUACUGUAUUGCUGGUGUGCUUCCGUAUUUUUAUAGAAGCACAGUACUUAAUUAGUGAAUUUAACAUUCCUGUUACGAAUUACAGUGUGCUAGUAGUGUUCGUAAGUAAAAGCUUGAAUAUUAGGCUCGCAAGGAACAUGCGAUUUUUAUG